AUGCCGUCGCCGAAGGCGGAGAACUCCCAGGAGAAUGUAGCUUCGACGCGGAAGCUCCUCCGGCCCGCCAUCGUCGAGGUGCCUUCGACGCCCUCGUCCUCGUCCCCGAUCAAGCCUCCCAUGUCUGAGAUGCACCCCAGCAAGGUCCACACGACCAUGGCCGCGCCAUCCUCGGGCCUCCGCCUUGGCUUCACCGAUAUUAGGCCCUCGGAAAAGAAGGGCAGCCCUCUCCCCUCUGGCCUAACUCAAGUGACUCCCUCCAAGGGCUCGGCGAUGCCCUCAUCCCCCUUCACAUUCACAUUCACGCGGCAGGGCACCGCAGCCGACCUUGGCCUCAGCACCCGCGCCCAGGAGAUGAUGAACGAACUGCGCGAGGAGGCUGCCAAGAUCAAGGCGGAGCUCGCAGCUCAGCGCGAGCUUGAGAAGGCCGAGGAAGAGGCCAACGGCGGCCGCCGUAUCGCCAAGCCCAAGGGCAAGUCGAGUCGCUUCAGCGCCGUGCACAUGGCCGAGUUCAAGAAGAUGGACUCCAUCGAGAACCAUCCCUCUGCUUUCCGAGCUCUCCGCAACCAGCUAACGCCCGUUGCCGGCAUCAAACGCACUUCUUCGAGGGCUAACUUGGACGAACUUGCUUCACCCAUCACGCAAAGGUCCGGCAUCAAGCGGACGCAAUCAAAGGCCCGUCUCGACGAUCCCGAUACCCCCGCUACCGAAAACCAACCACUGCAGGCUCUCCUAUCAAGAGCCGCCUCCCUGUCGACAGCAACCCCCACGCCCGCCAAGCGAUUCAAGCAACGUCUCGAAGACGACGCAUCGAGUAGCCGCCCGAGCUCGCGCGAUGGAAGCUCUAUCCCCCGGCCCAAGUCUAGCGGCGUCGAUGCCGCUGGAGGCCUUGCCGCCCGUUCCCGCCUGCGCUACCAGCCCGAGGCGGAAGUUGUCGAAGCGUCUGAUCGCCACGCCGACAGCAAAGGAAACAAUCAAGCUUCAGAACUCGCCUUCACCUCUACCGUCCAGCACGUCGAUGCCGUCGUUUCUGGAGCCACCAACGGCGCAGGCGAGGUGGCUUAUCCGGACCUAUCCAAAUUUGGGACGACAUCGCCUGCCGUGAACGGGGACGGCAAGGCUGGUAGCAUGCCUCCCCGUCGCGUGUCGCCUACUGGCUUCGGAGGAUGUGCCGGGCAGUCAAGCCUUCGCCAUGUGCGGCCCUCUAUCCUUCCUAUGCCCGGUGGCUUCCCCAAUAGCGUCAUGGACACGGGAAGCAAGCUCGUUGGUGGUGGCGCGAACAAGGAGAACAAAUCUCCCACCAAGUUCAUCCUUCCUGGCAUCUCCCACGGCAUGAAGAAUAAGAAGCGCCUCCGUGUGUCUUGCGAUGAAGAGGAUGCCGAGCGGGAAGCUGCCGAACGGGCGGCCAAGAGGAAGAAGAACGAUCAUAAGGCGCAAAUCUCGAGGACGCCUGGUUCUCAGGUUCUCUCUAGGGAUAGCCCUAUCAAGCGGAAACCCGGCAUCAGCCUUAGCCGGCUGAAGAUGCUCUCUCAGCCCAAGAGCCGCACCUAG